CCACCUAUUGGACAAAAUUCCCAAAGUUCCUUGACACUCAAUCAUAAAAUUAACUAGGAGGUGACCUCGCCUUCCUCCAGACUCAAGGCGGGAGACAUGCUGGCACAAUAACGUGUCUCUGAAAUGCGCUGAUCACAAAAUAAGGAAAAUAAUAUGUAGCUGUUUUAUGAGCUGACAAUUACCUUCGUGAUAUGAUGGUAUUUGCUGUUGUCAGCGCGCAUCCGGUGCGCCAGCGGGUGCUGGUGAUCACCAUGCGUUUUAUUGCGUUCUCCAUGGCUUUUCAACCGGACAGGAACAGGACAGUGAGGGACGUGUCUGGGCGUCUCGGUGGGCCGUCGGGGUCCGUGGGGCUCUGCACCUUCGGCCCGUCUACAGCCUGCUGUUUAGGCUGGAGGAAUGUCAACGGUGUCUGCCAGCCUGUGUGUAAGAAGCCCUGCAGGAAUGGAGUCUGUGUGGCUCCAGACAAGUGCUCCUGCUCUGUGGGAUACAAGGGCCAGCAAUGUGACCAAGAUGUGAAUGAGUGUGGUCUCCCAGAGCGACCGUGCUCGAACAGCUGUAUGAACACCCAGGGUAGUUACCGGUGUUACUGCGACCCUGGAUACACCCUCAUGACAGACGGAUCAACCUGCACAAAAGAUCCUGAGUGUUCCUCCGCUCGCUGCCAGUUCGGUUGCCAGAUCGACCGGGUGGGAGAGGAGCGCUGUCUGUGUGCCCCCGGCCUCCACCUGGCCGCCGACAACAGGACCUGUGAAGGUGGGCUUCCUCGGCAACCCCAUGAUGUGGACGAGUGUCGAAGGGCGUCAGAUGUUUGCCCUCCCCGGCGUACUUGCAAGAACACCUUCGGCAGCUUUGUGUGUGCGUGCAGGGAGGGCUUCGUGUUGGGGACGCUCCAGGACUCAGUGCAGUGUCGAGAUAAGGACGAGUGUCUGGACAGUACUCAUCUGUGUAGCCGUCAUUCCCAGUGUUUCAACACCGCUGGUUCCUACACUUGUCAGUGUCUGGAGGACUACUCUGGGGACGGCCACACGUGCUGGCCCCGGAGAGCCUCCCACACCAAGACCUCCAUGUACUACCAGUACAAACUCUCCAAAAGGACCAGGCCCAUACAACAACCGCAACAAACGCAGCUCUGACGGUGCCUCUGGUUCUGACUGAUAACACUGUUGUGAAGUAGUUACUGGCGGCCAUUUUGGGUCGAGCCGUGUCGAAGCAGCACAGGAGAACUCUAGGAGGAAAAUAUAUUUGUGUUGAAGCAGCCUCAAUGGACAAUUCAUGAGGUAGAUUGGGGGUGAAUGGGGUAAAUUGAGGUGGCGUGUCACUAUCACAACAUAGUAAAAGCCGAGAAAUGCUAAGAAUUCCUCACACAACUGGAAAGUGUGGUAACGUUCUGUUUUAACCUAUCAUUUGCCUCUCUUCAGUUAGUCAACAAAGACCUUAGAUUGCUACUCGGCGCCAUUAGUGGUCUACUGUUUGAUGUCAGUCAAAGUCAAAGAAGCCACUCAUUUGACAAAUACACUCGUCAAGGAACCACACUCUGUAGUCUGCCUGACGCGCUUCAGACUCAAAACGCUCUGUGAUGACAUGGAAUUUUCCUUUGUUUAAGUUUCCCAGCUUAUUGUCUCGGAAAAGGUCAUGGGUAAGAACAAGUUUCACACGCACUGUCAUACUGCUGCUUUGGCAUUCGUAACCAAUUUCACAAUACACAUGUUGUCAGCAUAAGAGAUUUUGAUAGGGACUUCAUGUAGUGAGUGAUUAGCUAAUUUUCUGACAGGCCAGUGGGUGUACACGAUACCUCCCAUUCUGGAGGUUGUUUUCCAUAGGGACUAUUCUUUGAGAGGAGUGUAUACGUCAUUAUUUGUUAUUAAAAGGCUGACCUCUGGUGGAAAGAUAAGGGAGGAUAUUUGUCACUCUGACUUCUCCAUAGAUGGCAUCAUAGAUAGCAGCAUCACCCUGACUUCUCCAUAGAUGGGAUCAUAGAUAGCAGCAUCUCCCUGACUUCUCCAUAGAUGGGAUCAUAGAUAGCAGCAUAUCCCUGACUUCUCCAUAGAUGGGAUCAUAGAUAGCAGCAUCACCCUGACUUCUCCAUAGAUGGGAUCAUAGAUAGCAGCAUCUCCCUGACUUCUCCAUAGAUUGGUUCAUAGAUAGGCUACAUAACAGAAAGCUGUUGAAAUGCAUGUAUUUGUUAAGUCAUGUUAAUUAACUAAGGCACUUUGAGAGAUCGGCUGUUUGAUUAUGUAAAGUGUGUGGAAUAAAGGUAUAAUUGUUGAAU